CGGCCCGGAGCGAAAGCUCGGGAGUAGCGCGUCAGCCGUCCGCAGCGCCGCGUCACGUCAGUCCCGCGUCCGUGUUGUGUUUGUGUGCGGUGCGCGUCAGUGUGAGUGGUCAUGGCCAACGUCGAAGGGAUCCUCAACUACGAGAAGGCCAGUUCCGAGGAUUUUUACGCGCUCCUCAACGCCGACGAGUCGUCCACGGCCGAACAAAUAAAUGCUGAAUUCAAAGUUCUCGCACUCCAGUAUCACCCAGACAAAAACGAAGGUGACAAAGAAGCAGAGGCCAAAUUCCAACUUUUAAAGGAAGCUAAAGAGACACUCUGUGAUCCAGAAAAACGAGCCAACUACGACAAAUGGCGGAACAGUGGAAUAGCAAUAAGUUAUAAAAAUUGGCUUGGAAUGAAAGAACACGUGCACCAGUCAAUGCACUGGUCAACGCCCAAAACAAAAGACAGGAUGCUCCCAGAGACCUCUGGAGGCGGGAGCAAGACGCAGAACCAGGCGGCAGCCGCGAGGCGGGCUAGUGAAGGUGGUGUAAAUCUCCACUGGGGAAACAAAGGCAACAUGAAAUGGAACUCGGAGGCACCUAGCGAAGUGGUCAGCAAAUUUAGGAACUAUGAAAUUUAAGCGAGCCACGCAUCGCUCUUAUUGUCAUUCCUCGACCCAUACAUUCCUGCGUCACCAUCGGCUGUUCACAUUCUAGUCUUGGUUGAGUACCUACAGUCUUGUCUCUUCAACUUCCUUUUCACAGAUUCCGCUCUUACGGUGCCGAAAGAAAAUUUUUUUCCCAAGUUUAACAAUUUUACUCUUAGGAGCAAUAGCAAAAAGCUAAUCAACUGGCUUGACUUUUGAAAAUCAAAUUAAUUAUUUAUUCAGUUACAUGUUUUUUUAUGUUUAAAAAAAAGCCCUGAAUAUGGGUAUCAUAUUUCUAGAUAAAAAAAAAGAGUACCUAACGACACAAAACAGUUGGGGCCAAUUGUGAGCCCAGAAAAUAAGAAAAUUAUUUACUUAAAAUAUUAAUUGAUGGUUUAUCAUUUUAUUAGAAAAUGUUAGAGAUGUCGACCGACCAUCAUUUACCUAAUUUUGUUACUUAAAAAUGAGAGAAGGCCUAAGCGUGUGGGCUUCGUAAUUUCAAGGUAAAUACCUAUUUAACCAGCGCUCAUAUUGGCCGGACAUUUGAUUGAUUCAGUUUCGUGAUUUUAAAAGAGCCUUGUCAAUUUAUAGAAAUCUUGGGUAGACUCUUCUGAUGAAUAAUUUGCAAAUUGAGGCUGAUAUUGCCCAUUUCUUCCUACAAAACUAACAGUUACUGGAUGAGAAAUUAUUUUAUGCCUCCUUUCAAUUACAAAGCAGGGUGCUUGUCAUACAUGUCCGUUGUAUUAAACACUGCUAUUGUCUCUACAGCUAAAAGAAGAAAAUUGUUAAACAUGAAUCUUUUUACUCAAAAAUAAGUAUUGAUGUGGAAAUGCCAAAGAAAACUGAAAAAUUAUCUCUCACAACAGACAUGCAAAUGCACAAGUAGGUGAUAUCCUCAUUCUCGAUCCAAUUAAUUUUAUUUUUGGACUGUAAAAUGAGAAAUGGUGGUCAAAAUGACUGUACCAAGCUUAUAAGACUUUAAGGCACAAUACAUAGGAAUAUGUUUUUUCCCCCAUUACUUUUUAUCUAGGCUAUUUGAGGUGCGCUGACCGGAGUCACAGGAAGAAUUUGAUGAUCAGUAAGAUUAUUUUGAGUAUAGAUUUCUAAGCUGAUGCCUGUACUGCAUUGUGAGGGAAUGAGACAAGUCUAAAAUUACCCUGGAUCGACUGGUUCUCAAGGAUUUUUCCUGGUGUUCCCGCCUGCCAGUCCGCCCCUGCUUAAGUAUGCUGAAAUAGUGUGAAAAGAUCAAACCACUGCUACAAGCUGAUUUGGAGUGAGCUGAGAGUACAUCGUAUCGAUGAUCAUGAGAAUUAAAUGAUCCCUUGAAAGUAAGGGGAGUCUUCGAGAAGGCUCCUUUCAUAAAACUCCCCCCCCUAUCAUUGAAGCAUGUCUAACUGUUAUGUCCACACCUUCUCUUAAUCAUCUCGGUCUGAUUCUUGUCCUAAAGACAUGGAAGGAGUAGGGAUAGUAAACAUGUCAAUUUUAUGUCAUCCUUUAAUUAGUUAAAGUCCUGAAAAAAAAAUUGAAGCGGCUGAAAGGUGUCCCUAACCAAGGCCCUAGAGAUUUCCUCAAUUUCACUACAAAAAUCCCAUGUUGAAAUUCACAGAUUCUUCAUUUUUGAUAGUAAAUCCAUCAAUUGUUAAUUUCUAAAUUUUAAUACAGUCGUUUGUACAAUUAUUGGGAGACAAAUAUUUUAUCAGGUAUUCAAGAACAAAAUUUGAUUUGGAAAGUGUUUAAAAUGACUAUGAAAGGACAGCCUGAACGUAUGCUGCACAUUAUUUUGUCUCUCAAAUUUCAAUUCACCAUGCUCCUUCAGACUGUGCUUCUGGAGAUAUUUCCAACUUUUCCUUGAUCAAACUUUGUACAUCACUAAUACCUGAAAUAUAACAGACUGAUUUGAAUUUCAUAAAUUUCUUAAAAAACUUUGAGUUUAGAAAUUUUCAAUAGCCAAAAUGGCGACAAAACCCUGGACUGCAGUGCUGAGGAACCACUUGGAUAUCUGUCUUGAAUUUCUCAUCAAAAAUGAGUAGAAUAGGAUGGACAAAAUUAUUACCUAUGCCCAGGACAUCGAUCAAACAAACUCUUGAAUUAUUUUAUACAUUAUUAGAUAAAUAUGUAUUCCUCUCUGUUCGUACAAAUGUAUUAUUUUCACUUUACCAUCGAUGUUAUAUUCCUCCAGUGAUUCUAUCGUAGACCAUGAUUUUGUAGGUUUUACAGAUGACAUAAUUUCGAAUGGAUUGCCAGGUAUUCUUUAUCUCCGUGACAAUCUAGUGCUGUUCACCAGAUAAUGGCACUCUUUACCAAAAUAUGUACCUAUCGAAUAUUUACUCAAAACCCUCACAUUUCAUCUUCUUGUACCAUGAGCUGUUCAUUCCAGCGAACCUAAUUUUAAGUUUUUUAAGAACGUUCAUUGUACAAACAGUGUUAGAGAUAAACAUGCCAGCUUUCUGAGAGCAAAAGAAAAUAUAUUAACUUCGCCUAUCUUGCAAUGUCAGUCAGCACAUGAAAAAAGAUGCAACAGGAAAUGAAGUGUCACACACUAUCAGCCAGCUAAGAACACUAGAGCAGUAUCGAUGAAUAAGAUAUUUAACAACCCUGUAUCAUUUGAAGAGCUUUUAUGAGUACUUGUAUACUUUUUUAAAGGUGCUCGAAACCUUUGCAUCUAAUGUCAUUAACUAGUUUAUGCUAACACACUAAAUGAGGCAUUUUCAUUUCUAUGAUGAAAUAGACAACACACCGACAGAAUGUGCAUUUGUGAAUCAGGGCUCAGAAAUUGCUAUCGCGUUUCACUUUCUUUAACCCAAAUUGACCACAUUGGGUGUUAGAAAUGGGAAAGCCUGCUAAUUGGAUUGAAAAUAAUUAAUGGAUGGGGGAGGGGAGGGGGUAGAUAGUAAGUGGGGUGUAACCCUACGAUAUUUUCCUCUCUUCAGUAUUAUUAAAGUAAAGGCAAGGGAAAAGUGAAUGGUUUAGAAAGAAUCACUGCAUUGUAUGCUAAUUUCAUCACCCAAACUAAAGGAAGGAAGAGAAGGGGAAAUUUAUUUUUGAUGUUAAAUGUUGAUGAUGUACACAACUGUUUAUUAUUUCAAUAAAUGUUUUAUCUACGUGUUCAAAAGA